GCCGGUCGGCGCCCGCUCUGUUGCGUAGCGAGUAUAUAGGUCAAUCAGGUCGUUCGUUGUGCAUGUGACCGUCUCAGCAGGUGUAGCUAGCUGUGAGCGUUGCUUUUGUUUGCGAGUUUUCUCUCUCUUUGCCGAUUGUCUGCAAUUCUGUGGCUGGAACCGGGCUCUGUGAAGUAGGUGUACGCGAUCUCUAGCAGCGGAAUUCUUGUCGCUGUAAGAGAUGGUAGUUGUAGGAGGUGUUUUGGAGCCGGUGGGUAUUGGACGCUUCAUUGCAUUCGACCACCUCACCUUCUGGGUCGGGAAUGCCAAGCAGGCUGCCUACUACUACUGUGCCGUCAUGGGGUUCAGACCCAUGGCCUACAAAGGCUUGGAGACCGGCGAGAGAAAGGUAGUCUCUCAUGCCGUCAGACAGAAUGAUGUGAUCUUUGUGUUCCAGUCGGCUCUGUUCCCCGGGAACGAGGAGAUGGGUGCCCACCUCACUGCUCACGGUGAUGGAGUAAAGGACAUUGCAUUCAGUGUAGAAGACUGCAGGGCUCUCUACAGGAGAGCAGUGGAGAACGGAGCAAAGGGAGUGAAGGAGCCCUGGGAGGAGAAAGAUGAACAUGGCUCUGUCGUCAUGGCUACAGUCCAGACAUAUGGAGACACCACCCAUACCUUCAUAGAGAGGGCCGACUAUUCCAGUGAUCACUUUCUCCCUGGCUUUGUGAUGGGGUCUCCCAGUCACCCAGUUCUGGACACUCUACCUCCUGCCAACAUCCUGUUUGUGGACCACGUGGUGGGGAACCAACCUGACCUUCAGAUGAACCCAGUGGCCGACUGGUACGUCAAGACCCUCCAGUUCCAUCGAUUCUGGUCCGUGGACGACUCCAUUAUCCACACUGAGUUCAGCAGUCUGCGAUCGGUGGUGGUCACUAAUUGGGAGAGGACCAUCAAGAUGCCAAUCAACGAGCCGGCUCCGGGGAAGAGACUCAGUCAGAUUGAGGAGUACGUCCGUCACUACGGUGGGGCCGGCGUCCAACACAUCGCCCUCCGCUCAAACAACAUCAUUGAAACGAUCACAAACCUGAGGGCUCGUGGAAUGGAGUUCCUGAAAAUCCCCGACACCUACUACACAGAGCUGCGACGGAGACUGGAGAGAGCCAAGAUCACAGUCAAGGAGAACAUGAACGACCUCCAGCGACUGUGUAUUCUGGUGGAUUUCGAUGACAACGGCUACCUCCUCCAGAUCUUCACCAAGCCGAUGCAAGACAGACCGACUCUCUUCUUGGAAGUGAUAGAGAGACACAACCACCAGGUGUCUAUCUAGAUCCCGGGGCACUCAAGUGUUGUUAGUUGUGUGAUUUUGUUCUCAUGUGUCCAGGGGUUUGGAGCAGGCAAUUUCAAGGCUCUGUUUGAAGCAAUAGAGUUGGAGCAAGCCAAGAGAGGAAAUCUCUAAGAAACACUCAGUAUAUGUCACACCGCUGUUAUUAUGGACUUCAGUCACCACUGACUUCAGUUUUGUAUGAAUGUUUAUUACGGUG